CGAUAAAAUCGAUAGUAAAACUGUGCUUGUGGGUCUUCCAGUGGACUAGAUGAUCAUUGAUAAGUGUCAGACAGUGGCUUUUGUUUCUUUGUUGAUUUGUUAGCGACACGGCAUUGUGAUGAUAACAUCAUCUGUUAGUGCGUCUUUCGGCGGGUUUUGUUGUGUUGUGAUGCACCACUGAGGUGUGAGGAGCCAGCUGCAGUCUCCAGGGUGUAGAUCAAGGGCUGGUGGGGUCCACACACACGGCUUUGAUUGAUUAAAUGGUGUCAAACUGUGUUUUUGUGUCUCUUCUCUCAGGCGAUGUCAGUGAGCAGCUCGCGCGGCGCGGCGGCGCGGCCCAACGGCGCGCCCCAGACCAAGGUCUGCCAGUUCAAGCUGGUGCUACUCGGCGAGUCGGCCGUGGGCAAGUCCUCGCUGGUGCUGCGCUUCGUGAAGGGGCAGUUCCACGAGUACCAGGAGAGCACGAUCGGGGCCGCCUUCCUCACGCAGACCGUGUGUCUCGAUGACACGACGGUCAAGUUCGAGAUCUGGGACACGGCCGGACAGGAACGAUACCACAGCCUGGCGCCGAUGUACUACCGCGGCGCGCAGGCCGCCAUCGUCGUGUACGACAUCACCAACCAGGACACAUUCGGUCGCGCCAAGAACUGGGUGAAGGAGCUGCAGCGGCAGGCGUCGCCGUCCAUCGUGAUCGCGCUCGCCGGCAACAAGAGCGACCUGGCGGCCAAGCGCAUGGUCGAGACCGAGGAGGCGCAGGCGUAUGCUGAUGAGAACCAUCUGCUGUUCAUGGAGACCAGCGCCAAGACCGCCGUCAACGUGAAUGAUAUAUUCUUAGCUAUCGCGAACAAGUUACCAAAGAGCGAGUCUGUGGGCGGCGGCGCGGCGGGCGGCGGGCGGCGCCUCGCGGACGGGGAGCCGCCCCGCGCCGGCGGCUGCUGCAAGUGAUGACAGAAAUCCUCGCUAUAGUUGGGUGCGGGCGCGAGGCACCAGCGGGCGCCGCCAGGGGGCGCCGUCGGGACGCUCUAACCGUAACACAUAUAAAAAGCUAACUAUAUAAUAGAUUUACUUUAAACUUAUUUGUAAUUGUAACGAUAUGUAAUAAAAAGAUAUAUUUAAUUUCAUUUGUAUCAUGUUGUAGGCGGUCUGUGCUCGGUCCAUCCCGAUACUCCAUUUUGAACCUGAUUUCAUCCGCCAUCUUGUUUGUAAAUUCGAGUGGCCGUGAACGAAACUAGACUUUGUGCUGUGAGGAUUAGGUCGAGAGUUGCGUAACUGUAGCGGCGUUUCGUUCACGGGUGCAACGCAGGUCGUCAUUAAGCUAAUCAAAUCUACGGUGACGGUGCAUUUAGAUAGUUCAUUCAUUAAAUAGAAGGUCACUUUCGUAUAUUUUUCGUUCUAAACACUCAUAAUAUUUUCAUAGAUUGUUAUGAAAGAUUCGGUGUAACCUGUAUGUGUUUAAUUAAAGUAUUGAGAAUACUUUGCUUGGUCGUGCGUGCGGGCGGGACUCGGAAUGUAGAUAUUGUGCAGUCAGAACUUAAAUUAACACAAAUUGUAAGACCUAUCGAUAGUUCUAAUUAAAGACCUAAACUAUGUUAUUUCAGUUCUGUCCGUUCUGAUAUGAUAAAUCAGUGCUUUUGAACGCUAUUUUCAUUUAUAUUUCAUUAGUUAAGAUUUUUUUUGGUAUUCUCCGUGUUGCUUAACAUCACACUCGCUCGUCCAUCUACUAACCACGUCAACUUGGUGCAAUCUGUUAGCCUUUAGAAUAAUUCAUUAAACUUACAGGGUGGAAUUUUAUGGGUGAGACGUGACAUCCCGACUGCAUGUGAAAUUUUAACACCAAUUUAAUGAUAACCUUGAUCAUAUAACGUGAAUGCUUCAUUCUAAAAUUCCCCCCUGUAUGUGCAGUUUCAUCUCAUUUAGUUUCGUCGUUCAAAGCCACUGACCCACGCAUUCACAGCACACUCUUAGAAAUUAGUUCAAUAUUACUUUUAAAAUAAAAUAAUUAAAAUGCAGUGGACAAAUAAAUUGUUUAAAUAAAAUAAUGAUUAUGUAUUGUAAGUAAAUCGUUUUAAAGCGUUGGAACUAUUGAAUUAUAGUUGUAUGUAUCCUUUAAAUGUUUGCAUUCCAUAGAGGUUUGGACUUGAAACCUUUGGACAUACGGCAUGCAUUGUUUUAUAUUGUAUUCCAGUUCUCCUAGUUUGAUGGCUUCAGUAAAAUUUCAAAAUGACAUCACAAGAUGAACAAAUUCCCCUGGAAAUUAACCAGACAUCAUCAACAUUUGUACACUCCAGCCCACUUACUAUAAGAACUAUAAAUUUAGGGAUAGUUGCGAUGAAUUACUUUGAGAAUUAUUAUCCGGCACUACACUAUGUCUAUGUAUAUCUAUUAUGUACCUUUAGGCGAGACUUUUCGUAGCUAAAGGGAUGAGUUCUGUACCUCAGAGUAAGACAUUAAUAAGUGCACUUUUUAAGAAUCGUUUUUUUAACAGCAAUAAUUACAGCUAUCACAUUAAUGUUAUAAAGAAAUCUCCCAAAAAGUGGCCUUAUUACUAAUGUGUACCUCCGAGGUACAGAAUUAAUAAUCCACUCGAUGAGCUAACAUCUGUGUUAAGGGAAUCAAUCUCUAAAGCCUCUAAAUAAAGUAUAUAUUUAAGAAAUAAGCUUCAUUUAUCUGAGAUUGUAUUUGUGAUAUUUUCGUGGAGGUACCAACAUGUAAAGGCAUUUCUUAUUCGUGUCCGAAAUUGUAUAGUUGAGUCCCAAAACACGAUUUUAUAUAGUAGGCUAAUAUUACGACGCAAACCUAUGUACGAUUUAAUAAUAAAAUGUCUUAAAGUUUAAAUAAAUAGCGCUUGUUAGUCCAAUAUACAGUUAAAUGGGUUAUUUUCAAUAUUAUUUCCCGUGGGAUGUUCUGAUGAAGUGUGAGGACAGGAGGGCCCUCAUAGCUAGGAUAUAGCGGUGCGCUGCCUCCUCAACACUUCUGGAAGUUGCAUAUGGCUAGUUUCAGUAACUUUUCUGGUACCUAUUUUCAUACAAGUUCGACACAUAAAAAGUCUUAUCUCUCUUUCUAUUUGUCAAACUUGUAAGAAAGUUGCUAUCAUCGGCUCGUAUGGUAAUUGAAAUUGGCCAUAAAUAUAGUGAAUGAGGAGACAACAGCGCGACGACAUAUCGUGUUUGCAAAGAUGAAGGCCCUAAGCGAAUGUCCAUAGUAUCAGUAAAUAAAUUGAAACGUAUUAGUAAGCACAGCUGUUAGCUCUACUUGUAAGCGACUGUAACAUUAUCAAACAUUCUCCGGGGGCGUGGCGGGUGUUCGACAAUGUUGCCGUCCAUUCGCUGUAGAUGGGGAAUUACAAUAAUGAGUGGAAAGCAUACAAUGCAGACAAUGAAAUAGAAUCUGUACCCACGAGUCGAACUAUCGCAGGAUAGCGAAAGGACGCUGAUCAACGUUAUAUUGUAUGUUUUUUGUAUUGUGUAAAUAUUUUGGAUUUAUUAAGAUUAUUAUAUUGAAUAAAAAAAUAUUGUAAAUGGUA